AUGGUGUUGUCGGUUAGACCAUUUUUCAGGAGAUUCUAUACAACAUCAGCAGUCAUUGCGUGUGCUGAAUCCAGAGACGUUCUGGAUCUGGAGGUAGGCAAAUAUCAGUUAUUUGAAGAAAUCCAAAAUGUCUCGCAACCGAACAUGUUUGAAGUUAACUCUCAACUCAAAGAGUUGCUGAAAAUGGGCCAUUUGAGUGACGCUCGUCACAUGUUUGAUAAAUUGCCUCACAGGGAUGAAAUCUCAUGGACCACCAUGAUUUCUGGAUAUGUCAGUGCCUCUGAUUCAUCAGAAGCAUUAUCUUUGUUUUUUAAUGUGUGUGUGGAUCCUACUUUGCGAGUUGACCCCUUCAUACUUAGCCUUGCAUUCAAGGCGUGUGCAUUAAAUAUGAAUGUGAACUGCGGAGAAUUACUGCAUGGGUAUUCUGAAAAAACCGGCUUGGUGAACUCUGUUUUUGUGGGGAGUGCACUUCUGGACAUGUAUACGAAAACGGGUAAAGUCUGGGUGGGUUGUAGAGUCUUUGAUGAGAUGCCGAUGAGGAAUGUGGUUUCGUGGACUGCCAUCAUAACUGGGCUUGUUCGUGGCGGUUACAAUAAGGAGGGAUUGCUUUAUUUUUCUAAAAUGGGGAGAACAGGUGUGGCGUAUGAUUCAUAUACAUUCGCUAUUGCACUAAAGGCUUGUGCUGACAUGGGUGUUUUGAGUUAUGGGAGGGAAAUUCACGCCCAAACAGUAAAGAAAAGCUUUGAUGAGUGCUCAUAUGUGGCCAAUAGUCUUGCUACUAUGUACAACAAGUGUGGGAAAUUAGAUUAUGGCUUGUGUUUGUUUGGAAAAAUGAGGACACCAGACGUGGUUUCGUGGACGACUAUAAUUACUACUUAUGUUCAAAUGGGUCAAGACGAGAAUGCCAUUCAAGCAUUCUUUCAGAUGCGAGAAUCUGACGUGAGUCCUAAUGAGUACACAUUUGCGACGGUCAUCUCUGGUUGUGCAAGUAUUGCGUUGAUUGCUUUGGGUGGACAACUACACGCACACGUUUUACAUGUAGGUUUAUUGGAUUCUCUGUCUGUUGCAAAUUCCCUUAUGACUCUGUAUUCAAAAUGCGGGCAGUUAAACUCGGCGUCAAUGGUAUUUCAUGCAAUGACCAGAAGAGACAUAGUUUCUUGGAGCACCAUUAUUGCAGGGUAUGCUCAAGGUGGUUGUGGUGAGGAAGCCUUAGACUUUCUAUAUUGGCUGAGAAGGGACGGGCCAAAACCAACUGAGUUUGCUCUUGCUAGUGUGCUGAGUGUAUGUGGGACUAUGGCAAUGCUCGAUCAAGGGAAGAAACUACAUGCUCACGUCCUAACCAUUGGCUUAGAACAUACAGCUAUGAAACUACACGCUCACGUCCUAACCAUUGGCUUAGAACAUACAGCUAUGGUACAAAGUUCUCUCAUCAAUAUGUAUUCAAAAUGUGGGAGCAUAGGAGAAGGUGCAAUGAUAUUUGACGUGGCAAAGAAUGAUGACAUUGUCUCAUGGACAGCCAUGAUUAAUGGAUAUGCUGAACAUGGAUACAGCCACGAAGCUAUUGAUUUGUUUGAGAAGAUUCCUGAGGUUGGAUUGAGACCAGACUCUGUGACUUUCAUUGGUGUUCUUAGUGCUUGUAGCCAUGCUGGACAUGUUGAUCUGGGUUUUCACUAUUUCAAUUUGAUGAGUAAGGAAUAUAGGAUUAAUCCUUCUAAGCAACAUUAUGGUUGCAUGAUUGAUCUCCUCUGUCGAGCUGGACGAUUAACAGAUGCAGAGCACAUGAUCAAAAGUAUGCCCUUUGAACGGGAUGAUGUUGUUUGGUCAACACUUCUAAGGGCCUGUAGGGUACAUGGUGCUGUUGAUUGUGGAAGACGUACUGCAGAUCAGAUUCUUAAGUUGGAUCCAAAUUGUGCAGGGACCCACAUUACCCUUGCUAACAUUUAUGCUGCAAAAGGGAAAUGGAGGGAAGCAGCGGAUGUAAGGAAGCUAAUGAAAUCAAAGGGUGUGAUAAAGGAGCCUGGAUGGUCUUGGAUUAAGGUCAAAGAUUGGGUUUCUUCAUUUGUAGCUGGGGAUCAAUUGCACCCACAGUGUGAUGAGAUAUACAACGUUUUGGAGUUAUUAGCUUCAAGGGGAGAACUCGAUGUUCAGGAAGCAGGUUCUAUCCUUUAUGAUGUCGGAUAGUAGCAAAAUGUCAGGCCAUGCUUCAUUAUCAUAUUUCCUAUGGAUAUUAUCCUCUAAUGGUGUAAUUGGAGAACCAC